AAAAUAAAUUUUCAUCGGUGAAAUAUUGGACUCAACUCUGCCGAGUGCAAAACCAACUCGGACUCGGAGGAACGGAACCCAUUGCAAUUGCAGAUCUCUCUCUCUCUCGAUCUCCUCCUUGUUGGAUCCUCACCAGGUUUGUCGAUGCGUUUGAUCUGGGAAGUUAGAGCCUUGAAUUGAGAGUUUUGUUCUGAAUUGGGUCUAGGAAAUGGCCUGGUUUAGCGGGAAAGUCUCUUUGGGGAACUUCCCGGACCUCGCUGGGGCUGUCAAUAAGAUCAGUGAGAGCGUCAAGAACAUCGAGAAGAAUUUCGAUACCGCUCUUGGUUUCGAAGACAAGCCCGACUCUCAAGCUUCAGGAUUAUGGUCUUCGGGCACAGACACGAAAACAAUAUUUGAACCUGUCAUAGCCUUUAUGGGGCAUAAAGGUGAUGAAAGUACAGUAGAAUCAAUUGAGAAACCUGAGUCAUCAGAGUCUCCAUCUUCUGUUGAGGAAAAAGAAGAGGCUGCAAAUGAUAGGUCCACAAAUUCUGCCACUGAGCUAACCAGACCUGCUGAAGUAGUAAAUCAAGAAAGCUCUCAUGUGCUUCCAGACGCUGCAGAAGGAACAAAUAUUGCAAUUGCUGAAGGAACAAAUGCAGUUAUUGUUGACACUGGUAAAUCUGAACCAGUAAACCUUAAUAAAUCUGAAUCUGAAUCUGAUUCACAACCAAUACCUGUUGAAUCAUCUGAAUCUAAUGUUGAACAUGCUGAGGAACCCAAUUCCUUAAAGCCCCCCAAUCAGGAGACCUCAGCAUUGGGGCCAUUUGAAAAUUCAGGGUUAGUGGAAGCCAAGCCAGGAACCAAUGAAGUAGAUCAAGUUGAGAGCAGUGCCCUUGUGCCACCUGAAUCACAUUUUGUUGUCAAUUUGCAUGAGACCAGUGAUGAACAGAAGAUGCAAGAAGAAGAGAUUGUAGAGAACUCUUCUCCAGUUCAAGCUGAGGAUGCAGUGAGUGAGAUCCAAGCUGGAAUGGAGACAGAGCUCCCUGGUUCCGUUUCUCCUACUUCUAAGGAGACUGAAAGUGCUGAGGAACAUUUUACAGAUGACUUGCCUGCUGGGCCACCUCCAGAUGAGGCUUCAGAGAUGGUUUCUGAACCGGUUUCUCAUGAAAAUGAUACAAUUGUUCGAGAAGUUGAGCUGAAUCAGCAAGCCAGUGAUUAUGAACCUGAUGUUACAGAACAACGUGUGAGUUCUGGAAUCAGUGCAUCUGACAUUGCAGAUUCUGUGGUUGAACUGGAGAGUUUGAAACGGGAAAUGAAAAUGAUGGAAACUGCUCUACAGGGAGCUGCUAGACAAGCUCAGGCAAAAGCGGAUGAAAUUGCUAAGUUGAUGAAUGAGAACGAGAAUCUAAAGGCUGUAAUUGAGGAUUUGAGGAGAAAGUCCAAUGAAGCAGAAAUCGAGUCACUCCGGGAGGAGUACCAUCAAAGGGUAUCUACUCUUGAAAGAAAGGUUUAUGCUCUCACUAAGGAAAGGGAUACGUUGCGCAGAGAGCAGAAUAAAAAAAGUGACGCUGCGGCUCUUUUGAAGGAGAAAGAUGAAAUAAUCACUCAAGUUAUGGCUGAAGGUGAAGAGCUCUCAAAGAAGCAAGCUGCUCAAGAAUCUCAUAUUAGGAAAUUGAGGGCGCAGAUUAGAGAGCUUGAAGAAGAGAAGAAAGGACUAACUACAAAGCUGCAGGUAGAGGAGAAUAAAGUAGAGAGUAUGAAGAGGGAUAAGGCUGCGACUGAGAAAUUGCUGCAAGAAACAAUAGAAAAACACCAGGCAGAAAUUUCAGCUCAAAAAGAAUUCUAUACAGAUGCUUUGAAUACAGCCAAGGAAGCUGAAGCAUUGGCAGAGGCACGGGCCAAUAAUGAAGCCAGAACUGCACUGGAGAGUCGUCUACGAGAGGCUGAGGAGCGUGAAACUAUGCUAGUACAAGCACUUGAAGAAUUGAGGCAAACUCUAAGUAGAAAGGAGCAGCAGGCUGUUUUUAGAGAAGAUAUGCUACGCAGAGACAUUGAGGAUCUUCAAAAACGAUAUCAAGAAAGUGAGCGUCGGUGCGAGGAGUUGGUAACACAAGUUCCUGAAUCUACUAGGCCUCUUCUAAGGCAGAUUGAAGCCAUGCAGGAGACAACUGGAAGAAGGGCAGAAGCUUGGGCUGCUGUUGAGCGAUCCCUAAACUCACGGCUUCAGGAAGCAGAGGCCAAAGCUGCAGCAGCAGAAGAAAGAGAGCGAUCUGUAAAUGAACGGUUAUCACAAACCUUAUCUCGAGUGAACGUCCUUGAAGCUCAGAUUUCAUGUCUUAGAGCUGAGCAGACACAGCUAAGUCGGUCCCUUGAAAAGGAGAGACAGAGAGCUGCAGAAAAUAGACAGGAAUAUCUUGCAGCAAAGGAGGAAGCAGACACACAUGAAGGUCGUGUCUCCCAGCUUGAAGAAGAAAUUAGGGAGCUCAGGAGGAAAUACAAGGAGGAGCUACAAGAAGCACUAACGCACCGGGAACUUUUGCAGCAGGAGAUUGAUAAAGAGAAAGCUGCUCGUUUGGAACUUGAAAGGACUGCUCGCCUUCAGCCUUCCACUGUACCUGACCAAAGUCCUAUAACAAGGCGCAAAUCUGGCUUUGAAAAUGGAAAUAUGACCCGCAGACUUUCAAGUGCUAGCAGUUUAAGCAGUAUGGAGGAAAGUUUUUAUCUGCAAGCAUCUUUAGACUCUUCUGACAGUUUCUCUGAGCGGAGAAAUCCAGGAGAGACAGCCAUUAGUCCGUAUUUUAUGAAGAGCAUGCCACCUAGUGCCUUUGAAGCCAGCCUUCGCCAGAAGGAGGGUGAACUCGCAUCUUAUAUGUCUCGACUGGAAUCUAUGGAAUCCAUCCGUGACUCUCUUGCUGAGGAGUUGGUUAAAAUGACUGCACAGUGUGAGAAAUUAAGGGCAGAGGCUGCCAUUCUGCCUGGCAUCCGGGCAGAGUUAGAGGCACUAAGGCGGAGGCACUCUGCAGCUCUGGAGCUAAUGGGUGAACGUGAUGAGGAGCUGGAAGAACUUCGUGCUGAUAUCGUGGACUUGAAGGAGAUGUAUAGAGAACAAGUUAACUUGCUCGUAAAUAAGAUUCAGGUAAUGGGUUCUUCUAUGGGCUCUGCAUGACGAAGUGACUUCUCAACAUGGCCGCUUCAAUAUGAUAUUUAGCCAAAUUAAUGGUACAGUUAUGCUCAUCAUCGAAAGAUAUAUUUUUUAAUUGUUUAAUCAUAUCGGUUGGACUCCAAUAUAUUAAAAAUGUUACCUUGUCAAAUUAUUGCUUUAUUGUAAUUUAUGGUGCGAUGUUGUAUAGCAUGAAUUCUCACAAGGCAGCUUGCUUUUUUUUAACUUGAAACGAUUCCAUGAGCUUUGAAACCCAAGCUUGCCUUAUUAUUAGAGAAAGGAGAACUUUUUCUGAUUGAUUUUUAUUGUUAAUAAAAUUGAGCUUUUUGUUGUCUU